AUGUUUCAGCGAGUGCGUAUCAAACACUCAGAAAUCAGAGAAUUCUCUUUUUUGUUCGAGGACUUCGAUGAUAUUGUGACUGGAGAGACGCACCAGGAAGAAUCAGAGGGAGUCGAUACCAACCAGCAGACUGGAGUAUGUGAUUGCGUUCAUAUAUGUAGUGAAAGUCCCACAGUGAAGCCUCACGAAAACAUCGUAUACGACAGCAUACAAGUUAACAACAAUGGGGAGCAGACAGCUCUCUCUGCCGUCGAUGAAGAACAGAGCAUUGAUCCGUUCCACAAAGAAAUUUCGGCCGUUACGCUUAUGGAGCAGCCUAUCCCAGAUGUAGACAGAUCUCUUGGAACUUCUGGAACGAGUUUCAAAACCCGUACAGCUAAAACAUCAUGGGGGCAAUGGAAUGGCAUGUGAGU